UCAUGAUCCUUGAGGUCCCUUCCAACCCUGGCCAUUCUGUGAUUCUGUGAGGUGCUCCAAGCCUUUGCUGUGUCUUUCUUUCGUACCUUCUGUUUGGUUUAUUGGCGUAGAGGGAUUCUGCAUAGCACAGACCUGGGGUAUCCUGAGCUCAGAUGCAGGCAGACUGAAUCCUGUAUUGGAUAAUAGGAAGAAGUGGCAAAAUUCAGUAUCUUGUAUGGUGUUCUUGCAGUAAGUACCAUAAAAAGGGGCAGGUUGCUAUGGGUAAAAACUUGAAGUGCAUUUCUCCCCAGAAGUUUUUCUCUUGGAUUUCUUAUGUAUAACCUUGGAAUUCACACAACUCUGCAUCUUUCACAAAGAAAAAUAAAAAUGGUUUGUGUAACAUGCUUGCUGGUGUUUACAGCUGUAGAUAAAGCCUUGAUGUGGUUUUAGAAUAGAGAUGCCAGUUCAGAAGUCUGAGCCUCUGGAGGCUUGCUUUUUCCCCAUGUGAGCUGCUAAGUGAUCUUGCAAAGCUCUGCUAUUUUCUCUCGUGGGAAAUUAACUAUUUCGCUUCCUUUAGCACAAGAGCAAGUCACAUGCUUUUUUUGUGAGUUUGCAGUAUCUCAGUCAGCCUACGACUGUCCUAAAUAAAGCAAUUCCUAUCUUCUGUUACCUCGCAUACUGUAUUACUGGAUUGUAUCAGAAGUGUUUUUCAUCUACAUUCAACCCAGGCUGGAUGUGGCUCUGGGCAGCCUGGUCUGGUGCUUGGUGACCCUGCACAUAGCAGGGGGGUUGAAACUACGUGAUCUUUGUGGUCCUUUUCAACCCAGGCCAUUCUAUGGUUCUAUCUUGUAACUUGCCUUUAUGCUUGGCACGUCUUUGAUAAUAUCCAAGAUGGAUAUUCUUUCCUUGCUGAAAUUCAGCUCGGAUGUCACUCUGAAAUUUGGAGCAGUCAGUGAACUCAGUGCAGCUCCCCAUUGCUAACCGACUCAGGAGCAGGAAGUGGACAGCUUUGCUGCUUGCUUUGCUGCCCAUGCCUGGAGGUGCCCAAAGCCAUGCUGAAUGAUGCCCUACGCAGCCUGAGGUGAUGGGAGGCAGCCAGCCCAUGGGCAGGCACUGGGGCUGGGGGAGCUUUUAAGGUCCCUUCCAACCUCAGCCAUUCCAUGAUUCUGUGAAGUGGAGAAGUUUUUCUAGCCCAGCAGUCUGUAUGCUGUGUUCCAGGCUCUUCCCUGCUGAGACGGUCUGUCUUUUAGAAGGUGCAAGUGCAUCACCUCUCUGCCAGACCCAGCCUUUUACACUACAGUGCUCCUCUUGUUCCUGUGCUGUCUGAUUCAGUUGUUUGUCACCAUCUCCAUGGCAUUCAAGCGUCUGCUAGUGACAACCGCUUACUGAAUGAGAGCAUUCAACUCUGAACCUCAGCCUCUGCACUUAGAGGGAUGGCGGCCUGUGGUCCCUGGUCAGCGGAAAUGAAAGUUCCAAUCUGCUCUACUGAAUGGUGGGUUGGCUUAUUCUUCAAAAGAAAGCAAAGAAGCAGCAGUUUGUGACUUCUGUUACGCUGUGGUGGAUGCUCUUCCCUGAGCAGAACGUAUGGAAAGUAGCGACAGAUGUCUUUAAUGAGAGAUUCUCUAUAUGAACACUACGGGAUUGCUCUUCCGCUCACCUUUGCCAUUUUCACUUAUUUUCCAGUAGAAAGAGGCUGCUUGCUCUUUCAAGUCUUCCAUCCGAGGUUAAUAUGAGGCAAAAACCACUUGGCAGACGAACAAUGAAGAGCAUAGGGAGAGAGAGCUGCCUUCCCUGAGAUGUGUGUGUUCUAAAAUGGGAAGGAGUCCAGCUUUCCUCGAACCUCAGUGACAUGAGAGGAGUGCAGGGCAGGAUGCCCUCACAGAACUGUGCCGGUAGAACUCCACCCUGCAGGAAGCCCUGUUAUUCUUACACCAGAAUCCCUUUCCCCUCUGAAUUUCCCUGGUUCAGUACUGUGCUUUUGGAAACAAGUCUAUUUCCCUGUUGGUUUCUGGGGACAGAAGAAAAAGGAAGAUGUGUUCUUUCCAGCUCUCUAAGAGCAAACCUUUCAGAAUACCUCAGGGGCCACCGUCAGCUUUAACUCAGUAGGAAAGUGGGACAUCCACAAACGCAGAGCUGCCCUGGAUGCUUCCACAUUGUCUCUAGCUUAGAGGAGGCUGAGAGAAAGCCCUUAGCUGGGUGCAUGUAGUUGAUCAGUUGUUUAACCUUCUUUUUUAUAGGACUCCAGCUCUCUGCUGGUAGAGAAAGGGAUUUAUCAAUUCUUUGAGGCCUUGCUCUCACUUUGGAUGAAGGUGGAGGAAUUAGCGCAGGCCGUUUUUGGGGUGGGAACCAUACAGGGUGCUGCAGAAAGGGCUCAUUCUCCUGUCAAGGCUGAGAAGGUGUUGUGAGUGUGUCUCGAGUGCCUCACAGAAACCUGCUGCUCCUAUUUACAGUGAAUUGGGAGUGUGUGGCAUAUGAGCUCUGCGCAAGCGCAGGAAGUGCCAGCUAUGUUUAAUUAGUGGCAGUGAAGGAGGUGUGUGAGCUGGUUGAGGGGAAAGGUGGGCGGGAAGCCUGAAGAUCCUCUGCGAGGUGGGCAGCAGGUAUUUGGAGAAAGGAGAGAUGUGUGGGCACACUCCUGCAGUUCUGUAACCAAGUUGCAGGUUUGCUGGACGUGCAUUUGUGCCGGCCCUGGGUGGCUGGACUUGCGCUGAAGGAAACAACAACACAAACCCUGCUCCUCACAGUGUGAGAAACAUUCGUGUCCCUGCUAUCCUGAUUCCACAUCUCUUUGCUGCUUGGAAUGUCGUGAAAGCCCCCUGUUAGGAACUCUGAGGUUGGUGAUAUCUUUAUUCUUUGGGACACACCAUGUGUGUUUUGUGAUGGACUACUCUGACCGGGACCCACGAAGGUGGUAUUACCUUCAGCAUUAGAGUUUUUCCUUCUAGUGGAAGCAGUAAAGAGCAGCAAAUUGAGUGUGCUGCUGUAUGCCAUACAUGUGAACCAGAGCUUGUCUGGCUCUUUAUUCUCCUGUACCCUUGUGGGCCUGUGGGUCUGCAAAUGGAGGAGCUUGGGGUGGUUGGGCGACGUUAAAUGCAAGUCUCAGACAGCAGACAUUUGUGGAGACGGAGAUUAAUGAACAAAGUGUUCAGCAUGGAGGGCAAGAAGAGGAAAUGAGGCUUUGUGGGACUCGAACUUCUGGCAUGACGCUUAAUGAAAGCCGGGUAAGAAGUUGUUCUGUAUUUUGAGGCUGUGCUGCAGAAGCACGGAGGUGAGAUAACAGAUCUGUUCUGAGGCUGCUAUUAAUGACUGGUCUCUCAGAAAUAUUUCUUGUGUCAAGAGGGUAGAAGGAAAUUCACUGUAUGCUCUGAAAUGAGAGCGUGCACAUUCAUGUAGAGUAAGUUGUGUGGCAUCUCCCGGGUGCGUGGAUGCUUCUGUUAGCUGCCCAGACUGAGGCAGGUUGCCUGGGUGAGCAGGGAGAAGACGGAGUUGCUUAAGGGAACGUGGAAGUUUGCAGCACUGCAUGUCUUGUUCUCUGAGCUCAUUAUCCUCUAUGACACUAAUGAUGUGCAGUGGACAAGCCAAUGGCCUGUAUGUCCCAAGAUGCCAUAAUAUUUAUCCUCUGGAAACUUUUGCUUUUCCAGUUGCUUCUCUAUUAACACUUAAUUUGUUAUAGACAGAAGACGACUUGACAUCAGUGUAAUGGAUGGGAUUUUAAUUGAACAGAAGAUGGCAAAAUGCAGAAGGCUCUUGUCUUGCUUCCCACCUAACUGUGUGUGCAGGAAAUGAGACCUCACCUGUGUGACCUCAGCAGUAGGUGGGAAGGCACGCUUGUUGGAACUUAACAGAGUUAAGCAGAACGGGGAGAAAUGGUGCUUGUUGCUUUUGCACGCGGAUUGAUUGCAUUUCAUGUAGCUGCUCUGUAUGUCGCGGUCGUGAAACGAAUUUCUUUGAGUGCAAAUGCAGAAAAGGGUGUGGCUGAAGGAAUCAGGAACCUUUUCACUUCAAAUUACUUGAUUUAUGACAUGAAAACUGCCACGUUCACAUGGAUUUGCUUUGCAAACCGUCCGACUGGAAGCUACCUGGUGUGAUGCCAGAACACUCCCUUUGGCAAGCAUGAGAAAAUAUAGCUCUUCAGCCUCUGCUCUGAACCAUGAGGGCUAAACACUCCUGAAGAAAGAGCAAGUUGAACUUUCAACAGGCUUCGUUUGGCUAACACGCUUGAUUUCCUUCCUCAAAUAUUAAACCUUUUGGGUGGGGCGUGUGAGCGAACCCCCUGAUCCUUUUCCUGGUGUGGACUGCUUGGUCAUGCCAGUGUGCUCAUGCUCGCAGCUUUUGCUUUGACAGGAGGAGCUGCGGGUUGGUCUCCUGCUGCUGGAAGUGCCAGACCCCAAACUGGGCAGUGCCGGAGGGCAGCAUGCUGGGACUCUCUUGCUCAUCACAGCCCAGAGAACCAGGAGAUCCUGCGUUCCAACAACGUGCCCGCUGGCUUCCUUGUGCUUUAGGUGAAGGUCGUGAUGGUGGCUUAGCUGCCUUGUGCCCACCCAAUUACCUCUCUACAGGAGUUUCCCUGAAGUGCCUGCUUGAUAAUGAAGUUUUUGUUUAAAUUCUUAGGUUUUUGGAGAAGGUAAAAAUGUCAGGUGCCAAAUAAUCGAGGAGGAUAAGAGGAAGGUCUUUGACUCAGUGACCCUCCCUUUCUGGAGGGAGCAGGAGUGGAAGAAAAGUGUUAUCUUUAGCUCUUCUUCAAAUAUGCAUGAUGUUCCUGCUGCAGAGAAGCAAGGCUACUAAGACUUCAUCUGAUAUUUCUGCUACUGGGAGAAGAGAUGAGGUUGGAAGCAGUUGUGGCUGUUAGGUUCCUAUGGGAACAGAUUGGAUAUGCAAGGGCUUGAGUUCUCAAAUCUAAGGGGAUUUGUCAAGAAAGGUGGGGAAAAGAUUGCAUCUUUGAUUGGAAUGGGAAACAAGUAUAAUGCAUCCUCCUCCCCCUAACCGUAGUAUUUCUCAGCUGAACAGAUAGGAUUUCAUGCAGUGUCCCCCAGGCUGCCUCGCUGCUCGUGGCCGCAGAGUUGAUGACAAGGUGGACAACGCGAUGCACGAGCCUGCUGUCCUAGGUCAGCAGCUCAGUGCCCUUAGCACGUGGGGGGCAGCAGGAAGGCUGCACGUUUCUGCUGGGUGGGAGCUCAGGCACCCCACGUAGGAGUGGUGCUUGGGAAGCAAGGUUAGCAACCUGAUCUGAACGAAUGUUCCAGAUGAAAUACUUCUGAUUCAACUUCUACCUCCCACUUAAAGCAGAGCUCACGUUCAGGGCAGAGAUGGCUGUUUGGUGUCCACUGUACUGAGCUGCUGCCUACUGUUCAAAAUGCAGGACUUUGCCGUGCUCCUGUCCCUGCUCAUGCUAUUUUUCAGCUCAGUUCAGUGCAAGACGUGCACCUGCCUGGGGGCAGUGACCUCCUGGCUCCUGCUCAGCACCAGUGGCUCUUUUAGAGAGAGAAUUUGGUGGCUUUUGCAGUUUGUCAAGGUAGCUGAAGGCUCAGGGAAAGAAGGUGUUUGGAUAUUAAAAUGGAUCCUUUCAUGUGAGUAAAACCCAUCAUUUUGCAGUUAUAAAGUCCACUUUGAUGUUGCUUUCACACAUGCAUAAUUUUUGAGCUGCACAUCCUGUUUCUUUGACCUGUAGUGAAGUCAACACAAUUUGUCCCAUGAGCAAAGGCAGUGGCGUGGCUCACACCUGGCUCUGAGCUGCAGGGGAGUGCAGGGGUGUUCGCUCCUCUGUGCUCAAUGGGAAUGCUAUCAUUUCCUUGUAGUCCUUAUGCUUUAUGUUUUACCCGUACCAUAAAAUGCAAUUUGAGUUAUGUGUACAGAAAAGCUUUUGAGUGUUUGUUUAAAGGAUGGCUCUGUCUUCUCUGCAGCGUUAUGCUAAGGGCACCUACUGAAGACUUGGAGCUAUUUAAAGAACGUGACUUCAGCUUCCGGGUGGAGGGAGGAAAAACUCACCCAAAAAUACUGUUCUUAACUUUGCAACAAUCAGCAGCAAAUCUCGUCAGAUUGCCCUGAAACUGGCAUGUCCUGAAGCUGUAGGCACUUGAAGGAAAACUGGAGGGGGCUGUGUGCUUGUGGCACCUGCUCUGGUGUCUGGCAGGGAUGGAUGGCGCAGGGGUCACCGCAGCCCUGCUGGCAGCAUGAGCAGAACUUGAUGCCUGGGUGCUGUGUUAAGGUGGCUGGCUGUGCUGACUCAGUCAUUGACUUCUUUCCUUCUCUCCUCCUGUCUGACGUUUUAUUUCUGGAUUCUUUGACUUCUGUCCUGAGAACAUUACUGUUUUCUAACUCUAUUCAACCAACGGUAUUGGAAGGUUUAUCCUAUAACGUAACACGCCUUAGAAACCAAAUCUCCUGCUUCUUUCCUGCAUGGAAAUGCAUACACUUCCUAUUUUCUUCUGUUGGUUCUCUCCCUGGGUAAUUAGGGGAAAGAAUGGGAGUACUAGGGGUGAGGAAGGAGAGGGGAGAAGACAUGUGUAGCUGCCCGUGUUGCAAAUGGAUGUGCUGGUGUGGGAAGGUGCUGGGGUCAUUCUGGUGCCCUUUAUGUACUUCUUUCCUUCUCCAGAUUAACUUCACUCUGGUGGCUGGAACAUCCUUGCAGUUUCAGUGGUGCCAGGAGAGAUCCCUGAGCUGUCAGUGAAUUACUUAUGGCAUCAUUCUACCAGUAGUUUUGUUCCAGAGCGAUCAUUCUGGCCUACUGGUGUGACUCUCUCAACUGACUGUUUUGAAUGUUGUGCAUCCUGAGAUGUACAAAAUAACUGGGUGUUCAUAUGAAUAGUGAUGCUAAUAUGUACAAAUGAGUUGUUGAUUCUCUUGCUUCCAACCAUAAACUGAUCACUAACUGGUUCUGAUGAUGAUUUCCCCAUGCAGUGAAGUUACUACAAUAUUUUGCAGUGUUACUACAAUUGUCAAAGAAAGAAAGGAGUGUGGAAAACUGAGCUGCCUGAUAGCUCCCUGCAGCUAAACAGAGGGAAGAGACCGAAGAGAAGCAAGCAUGUUUUCCUGAGGUCACCACAGCUUGGCAGCCCGAUGCCAGAAGCCCGGGUAUUGGACUGGAGGAAGGAACAUGAAGAGCUGUGAGAAGAUACCCGGCGUCCAGCUGCAGUUGUCCUGUGAUCUGUUGGUGAGUGCUGAGGAGAUCCCUCGUUCAGAGUUUGUGAUUACAGUCCUAUUUUGGGAAAAGAAUUGGAGCCAUCUGACAAGAUGAUGAUCUUCUGCAGUUGUUGUGCUGUCAUACACGCACAUCUCAGACUGAGACAAAGCUGCCAUGGUUUGCCAGUGCUGUGGGCUAGGCUUGGUGGUCUCUGAGGUCUGUGCAGAGUUUAAGUUGAGCAAAAAGUUUCUGCAAGAAUGCAGGCGUAACUCCUGUAAUUACUGUGCAGAAAGUCUGGAAAUGCUUUCCCACGUUGCCCAGAAAAGAACUUGGCCUGAUUGUUUGCCUGCAUUCAGAAUUUAAGUGCAGAAAUUGAAGAACGAAGUAACACAGGAUUAUGUGAUGCAGGAGAUUUCAGACCUGAGCUAGGCUUUUGCCUGAUACUUAGGUGCUUCAUUAUGUAUUAAUCACUUGUGUUAACUGCCACAUGAUCCUGUUUUGAGGCCUUCGAGCUCUCGUCAAGGAUGAGGAUCUGAAUCAUGUGCUGUAACUGGAAAAGGAGGUGAGCAUCGUGCCUGCUGACCUUUCUCAGACCCGCUAGCCAUGCCAGGGAUUGUCGUGUUCCGCCGUCGCUGGUCUGUGGGCAGCGAUGACCUCGUUUUGCCAGCAGUCUUCCUCUUCCUCCUGCAUACCACCUGGUUUGUGAUCCUCUCCGUGGUGCUCUUUGGGCUGGUGUACAACCCCAAUGAGACCUGCUCGCUGAACCUGGUGGACCAUGGCAGAGGCUACCUAGGCAUCCUGCUCAGCUGUAUGAUCACAGAGAUGGCAAUCAUCUGGCUCAGCAUGCGAGGCAGCAUCCUGUACACUGAGCCCCGAGACUCCAUGCAGUAUGUGCUCUAUGUCAGACUGGCUAUCUUGGUGAUUGAGUUUGUGUAUGCUAUUGUGGGCAUCAUUUGGCUAACGCAGUACUACACUUCCUGCAAUGAUAUCACCGCAAAGAGUGUCACUUUGGGAAUGGUGGUGUGCAACUGGGUUGUCAUCCUGAGUGUCUGCAUCACCGUCCUGUGCGUCUUCGACCCGACAGGCCGGACCUUUGUCAAACUGCGGGCCACCAAGCGGAGGCAGCGCAACCUGCGGACCUACAACCUGCGACACCGCCUGGAGGAAGGGCAGGCCAGCAGCUGGACACGCCGCCUCAAGGUUUUUCUUUGCUGCACACGGACAAAGGACUCUCAGUCGGAUGCCUACUCUGAAAUUGCCUACCUUUUCGCUGAGUUCUUCCGAGACCUUGACAUCGUCCCAUCUGACAUCAUUGCAGGCCUGGUUCUUCUGCGCCAACGGCAGCGGGCAAAGCGCAGCGCCGUGCUGGAUGAGGCAAACAAUGACAUUUUAGCUUUUCUGUCUGGGAUGCCAGUGACCAGGAACACAAAGUAUCUGGAUCUGAAAAAUGCGCAAGAGAUGCAGCGAUACAAAGAGGUGUGUUACUACAUGCUGUUUGCCCUGGCUGCCUAUGGCUGGCCCAUAUACCUGAUGAGGAAGCCCACAUGUGGACUCUGUCACCUGGCCAGAUCCUGCUCGUGUUGCUGUCUCUGUCCCUCACGUCCCCGCUAUGCACCCAGUGUCACCAUUGAAGAGGAUAAUUGCUGUGGCUGCAAUGCCAUUGCCAUCCGGCGCCACUUCUUGGAUGAGAACAUGACCUCGGUGGACAUUGUUUACACUUCUUGCCACGAUGCGGUUUAUGAAACUCCUUUUUACGUGGCUGUGGACCAUGAGAAGAAGAAGGUGGUCAUUAGUAUCCGAGGAACUCUGUCUCCAAAAGAUGCCCUGACUGACUUGACUGGGGACGCAGAGCGCCUUCCAGUUGAGGGUCACCAUGGAACCUGGCUGGGACAUAAGGGAAUGGUGCUAUCUGCUGAGUACAUCAAGAAGAAACUGGAGCAAGAGAUGGUGCUUUCUCAAGCCUUCGGACGAGACUUGGGGAGAGGAACAAAACAUUAUGGCCUGAUUGUGGUUGGCCAUUCCCUAGGGGCUGGCACGGCUGCCAUCCUGUCCUUCCUCUUGCGUCCACAGUACCCAUCACUGAAGUGCUUUGCUUAUUCUCCCCCAGGUGGGCUGCUGAGUGAGGAUGCCAUGGAAUAUUCAAAAGAGUUUGUGACUGCAGUCGUGCUUGGCAAAGAUCUAGUGCCCAGAAUUGGUCUCUCUCAGCUGGAGGGAUUUCGCAGGCAGCUUCUGGAUGUUCUUCAGAGAAGUAACAAACCAAAGUGGCGGAUCAUUGUGGGUGCUACCAAGUGCAUACCCAAGUCAGAGCUUCCUGAAGAGACUGAGGAGAACUCGGUAACGAGCAACCGCCUCUGGACCCACCCCAGUGAUCUGACCAUCGCCCUGUCUGCCAGCACGCCGCUCUACCCACCUGGCCGCAUCAUCCAUGUGGUGCACAAUCAUCCCGCAGAGCAGUGCUGUUGCUGUGAGCAAGAGGAUCCCACUUACUUUGCUAUCUGGGGUGACAAUAAGGCAUUUAAUGAAGUGAUCAUCUCACCAGCAAUGUUGCACGAACACCUCCCAUAUGUGGUCAUGGAAGGGCUCAACAAGGUCUUAGAGAAUUACAACAAGGGGAAAACAGCCUUACUUUCUGCAGCGAAAGUGAUGGUGAGCCCUACAGAAGUGGAUCUCACUCCAGAGUUGAUCUUCCAGAGUCAGCCCUUGCCUAGUGGACCCUCUGUGCAGGUUGGAACUGGAGCCCUAACAGUGGACAGAAGGAACAGCAGUACAAAGAGCAAGUCCCAUUCUGAAAUCAGCUUGGAGGGGUUUUAUGAGACAAAGCCACUUUCUCCUGUGCAGAAAGACCCUGUGGAGCUUCUUCUCCUGGACACAAAGGAGCGUCUGUCUGUGGAGCUGCAGGACCGCCGUGCCCCUCUGGCGACCAUGGAGAGCCUCUCUGACAACGAAUCCAUCUACAGCUUCGAUUCGAGGCGCUCCUCUGGUUUUCGGAGCAUCCGAGGCUCCCCCAGCCUCCACGCUGUCAUGGAGAAGGAUGAGAUGCACUGCUUUUAUAUAGACCCCGCUAUCCCUGAGGAGAACCCCUCCCUCAGCUCUCGGACAGAGCUGCUGGCUGCUGACAGCCUCUCCAAGCACUCCCAGGAGACUCAGGCUCCCGACAACGCACUCAACAGCGGUGGCACCACCCCUCAGCGGCGCUGCAGUGAGGAAGGGGCCAGCAGCGAGGGGGACCGCGUUUCCUUAGCCCCUCGUGAGGAGCUGUCCCUCCAGAAUGGACGGCUCACCGAUGUCCCCAGUCCGCAGGUGCUGGAAUUUGCUGAGUUCAUAGACAGCCUCUUUAAUUUGGAUAGCAAAAGCAGCUCUUUCCAGGACAUCUACUGCAUGAUGGUAUCAGAUAGCUCCAGUGACUUUGUGGAGAUGCCCAAGUCUGUUAGUGAUCAGGAGAUCCUGUUGAGAGCACAGUAUGAACCCAACUUAGUCCCAAAGCCCCCGAGGUUGUUUGCAGGCUCAACAGAUCCUUCGUCGGGCAUCUCUGUCUCACCUUCCUUCCCCCUUAGUUCAUCUGGAGAGCUCAUGGACAUCACUCCCACAGGCGUGAGCAGCCAGGAGUGCUUGGCCACUGACAAAAUCCGGACUUCCACCCCCACUGGGCACGUAACCAGCCCUGCCAAGCAGGAGGACCUCAUGAUUUCAGCCCUCUAGUGCAGGGUAAAGGGGUGCGGCUCUGAGAGCUGAUCCCAUAGGCUGAGUGCUGGGAUAAUACUCGGAGAGGAGGUGGUCGUCAGGCAGUUGGAAUUGGUGGAGACAGCUGGAAACAUUCCUUCUGGGGUGACACGGUGGUGGCACGCCGUCUGGAGGAUGGAUUGUGCUCAAGUACCAUGCUUAUUGCUGGGAGAAGCAUUGCCUCACAAGGCCUGCUACACUGAGAGGGUCUGAGUCACUAAAGGUAGAUGCAAGUUCCCUACCUCAGCCUGUCUCAUUCCAUGUAAGAGGCAGAUUCCUUGCCCCAGGGCACCUGCUGAGUUUGGGAGUAAGAUACCCUGCUCCAGGGAAUUCUCAAGGGCAAAGGGGUAGAAGUUUGAGAGUUGGAUAGGCCAGAUUCCCGCCUCUCCCCUCCCUUGGUAACAUUUCAGUGGUUUUGGAAAUGAACGGAUUGAGACUUUGGGCCCUGUUGCACUACCAUGUCAGAUCUGGCCCAAGAUCCAAUUCGUCACAGUUCCAUGGGGAUUGCCUUCCUGGGACACUCUCCUCUUUUAAAGCCAUUGGGGCUGUAUUCUCCCCAAAUGCAGUCUCCCCUUCCCUGGCCAGGUGCAGCAAGAAUUGGGCUGGCACUGUGUUAUCUCUCCCCUGAGUACUUCUGUGUUCAAUGACUGCCAGGCUGCUCCUGAGAGGAACGGAAACUGCUCUGAAAAGCCCAAAGCCCUCUGCCAUGUCUCUCCUACAUCAGAAAAGGUUCUCCUGGACAUCACCGUCAUCACUCGGUGGCCUGGACUGCUCUGAGCUGGCGAUGCUUCUGCAGGACUGACAGCAUUCUCAUCUCAGAGCUGCACGGAUGGAUCGACUUAGAUUCAAAUGGCUCGUCGACACCCAGCGUUGCUUCCUAGGCACUCUAGGAUUCCCUCCUGGACCCUGCCAGGUCCUCAUGCUACCCAUAUGCAGUCAUCACAGAUCAGUGCCAGCCGCUGUCAUUGGGAGUUCAGGGAAAAGAUGAACUUUUACUAAGUAUUGGAACCUCUUGUAUGUUUACAAAGCUGCUGAGCUUUUGGAAGGUAUUUAUUAAGCAAACAGGGAGGCUCUCUCUAGGCAAAAAAGUGUAUUCGUUCUCUCCUCCCUAAGUCAUUAGUGGGAGUACCUAGCGCUGCUGUGCAGAGCCUCCGUGCCCAGAGGAGCCUGCUGGAGCUACCCAAGUAGGGUAUCUCCAUGGUUUGAAGCAGGAAAGAAAUUACCAAUCUAGAAAGUUGAACAUACUGUGACCUUGUGCAAUCCUUUAACUGACAGAACAUUUUCAGCGGAGUUACCAAUGCAGUCUCAUUGGAGCUGUGUCCUCCCUCACUGGAAAAGAAAUUCCUCUUUUAACUUCCUUCUAACACUAGGGAUGUGACUCCCUCCUCCUUAGCUGUGGUAUUACCAAUGUAGGAAGAUGCUGCGCUUCCCAGGAGCUUGGUUUGCAACAGUUCCUGGGCUCCUGUGUUCCCUUAGGCUCUGGCUGUGCUCACCAGCAGCCCUGGUCAUGGCUCAGGACUGUGCUGCCCUGGAUGCAGCACAGGGAGCACAGCGGUGUCAAAUACUGUCACAUCAGAGCAGGAGCACUUUAUAGCUGCUGUGUGUUGAUGUCAGUAACUUCAGGUGCACAGAAAUGAACUGGACUUUGUCCAAGUGCUGCUCUCCUGCUCCAUUUCGUGUAGGAUUCUGUAUCCCCCUGCUCUUUAAAAAUUACAGGGCCCUUAGAAAUGCAGGGCUUUUGUUCAAACAGGCAGUAAAAUGUUGUCCCUGUGCGUUAGAUCCCAGAGGGGACCUUUUCUAUACAGUCUUGAUUUGGUGGGAAGAACCCCCUCUGAAUUAGCUGUAAUCUGUAAAAGAUAAAAAAACACUUUGUUCCGAGCAACAAGUUGUUUGUUUUGCUAGUCCUUCAGAACACAGAAGUGUUCCCCUUGCUGGGAGGUGAUGGCUCAGGAGCUCAUACAGACAGCUGUGUAAGUGCCAUCAGAUCAUCCACCAUUGCAGACCACAGGGGAAGGCUGACUUGUGCAGGUAGUCAAGAAGCACUGCAAGGGUGAUGUCCAGAAAUGGGCACGUGGGUAGCUGUGAGGGGAAAGGGCUCUGAAGCACAGGGAGCCUGAGGCUAGCAGGCUAGCUCACCUCCUGAUGCAGACUGCUGCCAUGCACAUACAGUGGGGAAAGGACUUUGCUUCUGCCUUUAGUUGUUGGCAGAAAGUGGGUAGUAAAAACACUUAGCACUUCGGCAGAGCUUUGUAUCUGCAAAGCACUUUACAGACAUGAAGAAAAGAAUCACCUCUGUCCCUGGCAGCGAGCUAUUAGGAGAUGUCUCUUUGAGACUGGGUGGAACUACUGGUGUCCUAUCUGAGGGAUGGUGAAGAGAUAAUGCAAGCUGAGAAAGGUGGAUAACUUCCCUCUUAAGAACAAGUUGUUUCACUAGUGACCCGAUGCUGAAUGGCUCACAGUAUUGCACUAGAAAGUCACUUCUGACCUGGAUACCUCCCAUAUGUCCUGGAAAACAAUCAUGGUGUGACUGUUUCGUUCUCUGUGCCAUUGGAACUGUGUCCUUAGGGAAUGGGAUGACCUUGCCCUGACCAGCUGUAGCAGGAGACAGCCUGGCAUGCUGCAUUCUUUUUUUGCUCUGUGCUCUGUGAUUAUUGGGCUUCUCUGAAAAGCCUGGAAAUGCCUCAUAUUUGUGACCUGGCCUUGCCAUAGACCAAGUCAAGGAGCAAAAGAGCCCUUCUGGUUAACGUUCUGACUGUAUUGCAUUAUGGGUGAUUCCUGUUUUUCCAUUGCUCUGUUGACAAACAGAUCUGUUCCCAGUCCUCACGAAAAGUCCUCACUGAGUAAAUCCACAUUCUUUGCAUUAUUCCUGCUUUCAGAGUCUGAGUGUCUUCAUUCUUAUCACUGCCGUGCUGCAGGAGCCUCUGGACAGGCUGGUCUCCUGUUCUGUCCUGGCAAAGUUGUAGACACAUCCUAAAUCUGUAGCUACAUCACUCAUUUGUACUGCAUACUAUUCUUGCUUUCUCUGCCCUCGUUCUGCUCUGAGACACAGCUGUCUUUGGAAACUUGAAGCUGCUUCUGAUUUCUUAAUCUCUCAGCUUCUGGGUCCUGCCCUUAAGCUUUGUGCCUCUUGGAGUUUGUGCCUUCCACUGAUGUUUCAGUGGGAUGUCCCACUGUGUGUGGAGGCAGUGCUGGGAGAGCGGUUCGUCGUGCAAUAGCACAUCCUCAAAUCUUCUGUCAGAUUUGCUGGUACAGGUGUGAAGCUAAGACCACUAAUGUCCAGCCCUGGAACAUCCCCCGCCCCUGUCCUGAAGGUGUUCACAGGAUGCAAGCUAUUUGUCAUCUGUUUUUACAGCCACAGGCUGCCCUCCAACCCAUGGAAGUGAGUUGAAGGAGGCCUCUUUGAUAAUAUUACAGCGAGUUUUGAUAAUCGAGCCCUUUGCACGUAGUGCUGGCUGAAUUAGGAGGCUCUUCUGCAUGAAUAGCAAUUGCUCUUAUUGUUUUAAUCACAGCAGUACCAACAAAGCAGGGUCCUGCUGUGCGAGUAUGCAGAAGUACUGAACAGAAAGGCAGCUCUUCCCCAGAGCCUCACAUUAUGCCCUGUCCUCCACAGAGCUUCACGUGCGUUUUCUGUAGAGCUGAUGUUCCCUCAUCUCUGUGCUCCCUAUUCAUGUUGCCAGGAGCUACCUCAUUUCUUGGUUACCAUCUCAGGAUGAUGGGGUGUCUUUGUGUGCAUCCUGGGUAGCAUUACCUAAAAAGCUGUCCCUGCAGAUCUUGAGGUGACCCAAAACACGGGUGAAUGGGAUUCCUGAUGCUGUGCAUCGUCCCUGGAUUCCUGUCCUGCUGCACUUCUGUGGCAGACAAAGCUAUCAAGAAAGGUCAUAAGUACUUCUGACACCAGGAGGCUCGGCAGAUGCAUCUCGGCAUCUGUGGCUUUUGCUUACCUGGUUUUUGAUCAAUAUUUCCAGUGUUCAUUCAUAAUUUCUGCAACCUUUAAGAACUGUUCAAACCACACAGGAGUUUUCUGAGAUGUUUUGCUUGCUACAGAGGACUGAGGUGGCAAAGCUGGUAGUGAGCGUAGACAUAUAAAUCCAGGGAUCCCUGCUUAUUUGCUUUUAGGAUGUUGUUAGCUGAAGAUCCCAAGCAGGAGCAGGACUGAACUGCUGCUGUCAAUGGACAAGGGCACCUGGAGGGGAAGAGCACCGAGGGUGUGUUCCUUGGGGACUGUGUGCUCCUUGGAUAUUCUCCUGCUAUGGCAAUCUCUCUUGGCACGUGGUCUCCAGCAGAGGAAACAGAACACAGCUGUUCUGUGUGAAGCCCACGGAACUGGGUGAACAUGGUGCUGCUUGGGUUAUUUGACUUUACCAGGUGUCUUUUUGAUUUGUCGCUGCUCUAGGUUCAGUGAUCCCAGCCUCAACGUGCUCUAAAGCUUCUUGUUUUUGAUUAAUACUGCUUCCCUCUUUUAGUCCCUGCUGCAGCCUGUUUUCAGGCUGGCUGAUGAGAUCUGUGCUGUUGAUUUGUAAAAUACUUCUUUUUCAUAUAUUCUUCAUGCACUUACCUCCUAUUAAUUGCUGCCAAAUUGUGCGUGCCAGCAUGUUUAGAGCUUUCCUUUCACAGCUGUUUCCCUACGGGGAGGACUGGGAUAAGGCAGCUCAGUCUUUACCAGCCCCAAAUCCACAUUUUUUUGUCCCUUGUCAUUGUAUUGGCACCCUGCUGCUUGCCCCUUUCCUAGUAUCCAGACAGGAUGCACGUUACCCUGUCUAUGCAAGCAGUGCCUGGGUUCCUCUGUGUGUUUUACAAUUGAAUAAAUGUGUGUCUAGGUACAGAGAAACUUGCUGGGGUGUCUUUAUCUGAGUUUAUCUAGUGAGCUACAAGCUCCUGCUUGCUUCUGCUGGGCGUCAUGUGCACACAUGAGUGCUGCAUACAUUCACCAGUGCUGGCCAUAUCAAAAUCUCCCAAGGACAUUUAAGAUCACUUCUAGCCCCAACAAACCCAUCAGCUUUGCCAUUUGCUUAAUUAUAGAAUGAUAUAAUUGGGUUGGAAGGGAUCUUAACAUCUAGUUCAGCCCUCUUGGUGAGGGAGCUUAAAAGCUCUUCCAGCUUUCCUCCCGUCUGUAGCAUUGCACUUCUUUCUGCUUUAGACAGUUGAAGUCUGAGAUCCCCUCCAUGCAGUCACUUGUUUCUGAUCCCUUCUUCUCUUUCAGUUCACCCCACCAAAUGUGGAUUUUUGCCGAGCUGUUUUUUAACUAUUCUGCUGCCAACAGAACUCCUCUGCACUUUAGGAAGCCCACAGAUGAACUGUGUGAUCCUCUUUCUAGUUGACAAAGCUUAGGGUGGGUAAAUUUUUGUUGGCUGAAUUCUUCCUUGGUAGCUCUAGAGAAGUAAUACGUUAAAGAAGUACAAAGAGGUGGAAGGAAAAUGAGUAGAAUAGCUGACACUUUGAACCUAGAAGCUCACAUUUAGAAGACAGAUUUGCUUCUUGGCAGGUGAGGUGUCAGUUUCAGAGCUGGAUUUAGGUAAGAAGUGCAUCUCUUGUGCCAAAGCUCCCCCUCACGGUGCUGCCGCAUUGAGGAGGCUGUGCUCCAUGUCGAAGGGGAAGUGUGAGAGGUGCCAGUGCUCAAGCGAUACCCUUUCCCCCUUGCUAGAGCAGGAGUGAGCAGUGUUCCCUCCCAGGGGCAGUCCGUGCCCCUGGGAGGCCUGCAGUUCCAGCUCAGAGUAGGGCCUUUGCUGCCCAGCCAAGUGAGUCUUACACCUGGGAGAGGGGCAGAGCCCAGAACCAAACCUGUUUCACUUGUAAGAUGUUGUUAGGAUGGAGAACUGGUUUGCAGAGAAGGUCAGUAGCCUGCAGUCUGCUCUGCAGAGCAGCAGUGCUGCUGACUUGCUUGUGUGGCUGCCAAACUUCGACUCUUUUCUUCACCAUCUCUCUACUGUAUCUGUGCCUUCCCUAGCCUUCACUCUUUGUGUAGCAUGGGUGGAUGCUGCCAGCCUCAGCUUUGCCUGCUGCAGGCAUUGCACAUUGGAUGUGUGAAACAGUUGAGGAGCGGUUCCUUGUAAUUCAUAGCACUUUGCACUCCUGAAAAGCACCAGGAAACUUACACUGCUGUCUACAAGCACUUAGCUAUCUUGAUGGUUGAUUUUGCUUGUUUUCUUGUGCCUUCUGUUUUCCCUUGGCUUGAUGUCCUGCUUGGGGUCAGGCAUCUGCCGGCUUCCUCUUCUGCUCUGCAUGGUUUCUUCUCUGGCUGUAUGAAUGGAGAUGUGGCAUGGCCAAGGACUGUGCUACAGGUACCCCUCUCUCUGGACUUGUCACGCUUCCCAUUGUCCCCUGCACCCUCACAUUGUCUCCAAGUGCCAACAGCAAAGCCUGGACAAGCAAUGUUUUCUUUUCCCCACACUGCCCUUAAUCUGUGGCCCCUCAGUUCUGGAUCCUCCUCUUGGGCAAAACAAGUGUUUUCUGUGCAGUAGGAGGGGAAGGUUUCUCAGCAUUUCUUUCCUUUGGUUUAUGUGACCUCAAGUGUGUUUGGAAGUUCCUCUAAGCUCUAUCCACGGGUAAAUCUCCUCUGCUCAAGAUCUGACCCGUUUUUGCAAGGACUGAUGCUGAAAGGGACAUAACACGUUCUGAGCUGCCCCGUGCAGUUCUGAUUUUACUGACGUUCCCAGGCUGGUUCUGGAACAGCCAUCUCCCAGAGGUGUCUCUCUUUGGAGAUCUGGGCAUUUUUGCAGCUCUCAUUGCUCUGUAUGAGUCCUGACCUCAUCACCUCAUUCUGUGCUUUGUUUUUCAUUCAUGGAAGCUCCCCACCCACCCAGCACAUCCGUACGAUGAAGGGACCUUUAUCUGGCUCCUUAUUCCUGCAAAACCAUUAAACACAGCAGCACAGAAACAAGCAUCUUUCUUUUUUGAAAUGGGGAUCCUACUGCCUUGCUUCCCAUCCCUUUGUGCAGUUCUGAUGGCUCAGAGUCGGAGGUACCCGGUGCACGUGGCAAUACCGAAGCAAGGUGUAUUUGCUAGCUCACUGCCACACACAUUCCUGAGGUUUUCUCUCCUUUAUCAGCAUCCCCAUAGUGCUCACUGGCCGCUGUCUGCUGGCCCAGGGGCAGCUGCUGAACCUGCAGCUUCCUAGCUUUCCUCCGCAGGCACUGCAGCGCUGGAGGUGAUGUCCAGAUAACGGUCUCAAGCUCGUUCCUGUCUCAGCGAUAAACCUCGUGUCAGCACGGCGCCUGCACUCGUGGCGCGGUACGAGAGGAGCUCUUUACCCUCAAGCCCCCCUCUGUUAGCUCAGCUGUUGCUGCGCUGUCGUGCUGCGAUGGCCACUUCUUACGCCUCUGCUCCGUCGCAGAGCCAGCUGAACCAGAGGAGCCAUGGGAAGCUAUUUCCCUUCUCCCCGUGUUGUUCAGUGCCAGCUGUGUUGCUGCAGUCCAGCUGCAGUCCAGCUGCGUGGCCUGUUUGUUGGUGGGGGCUCCACGCAGCGCGGCAGAUGGUGACUUCUUUGCCUCCCCCUACCCUCUGUGUCAGCAGACGCCGAUGCCUCUAUGGAAAAAGUCACCUGUGUCACACCCGGUGACAGCUCAUACUAGGGUGGCUAUGAGUUUGCUCUUUGAUCCCAGUUGCCUCUUUAGAGGUAAUGCCUUUCAUGCUCAUGUGUAGAACGGCCCUUCUAGGGAGCUUUCUGCAGGACUCGGGGCACUUAUGUAUGCAGUCAGGGGGGAAAACAGCACAGGAUCCUGUGUUCCCAUGCUCAGCUGAGAGAUCACUGCCUGUCCCAGCAAUGCUGCCCUCUGGAUCCCUGCUCCGAGCUGCCCCAGCAUGAAGACUACAAGGAAACUAAAGCACUCUUCAUGUGCCAUUCUCACUUGACUUUUUGUACGUAUGUAUGAAAGUUCUAAACUAAUAUUGCUGUAAAGAAAGAUACAGAUUAAUAUAGCAUAUUAUAUAAAGAUAUAUGUAUAUAAUUUUUUUCCCUAUAUUGUAUGGCACUGUAUAAAAUGAAUGUCGAAGCAUGA